GUACAUGCUUUUACGCCGGUGUUGGACGCACCGCAUCUCUGUUGCACCAGUCGGCAUACAUGUCCGCUGCUACAGCUCAGCACACAAUCAUGGCAUAAACCUCGAUCAGCCGGUCCAGUCCUACAUAUCUCGAAGUUCGGACCCUUAUAUCAACCUCUCCAUCGAGCACUAUCUGCUCCAAAAAUCACACCCGGACUCGUCUAUCCUGUUUCUCUACGUCAAUCGACCCAGCGUCAUCAUCGGAAGGAACCAAAACCCAUGGCUGGAAGUAAACCUCGGACUUCUCAAUGCUGCACAGACGAGCCCUGGUUCUCCUUCUAGGAUCGAGAACGAACCUCCGGGCUUGGGAGAUGUGGAUCUAGUACGCAGACGCAGUGGUGGUGGCACGGUGUUCCACGAUGGCGGAAAUGUUAAUUGGACAGUCAUCUCUCCAGCCGCUGCCUUUACUCGCGACAAACAUGCCGAGAUGGUAACACGUGCUCUACGCUCCUGCGGUGUUUCGCGAUCGCGAGUCAACGAACGCCAUGACAUUGUCUUGGACCAGGGAACCUCGGAUCACACUGGUGCUUGGGGACCUGACCACGAUACCCACGCUACACCAUGGCAGAGCUCUACCAUCCGCCCCUUGAAAGUGUCCGGGUCGGCAUAUAAACUUACCAGGGCUAGAGCACUGCAUCAUGGAACUGCUUUGUUGAAUAGCCCGAACUUGCACGUUAUCCCUUCGUAUCUGCGCAGUCCGGCCAAGCAGUAUAUCAAGGGCAGGAGUGUGGAUAGUGUUAGCUCUCCUGUAGGCAACAUUCUGCUCAACAACGAUGAGUUCAUCGAGAAUGUGCAGAGGGAGUUUGGGGCGUUGUAUUCUGGUGCUGGCAAAGCGGUGGGUUUGGGAGAUGAGUGUCUCGAGAUUGAGGAGGUCAGGAAGGGACAUGCUGAGUUGAGUUGGGCGUACAUGCAGACGCCUCAAUUCACCUUUUCCGAUCUGCCUCUGGAGCCAGAGCAGAAGGAAGGAGAAAUUGAUUACUCUGAUGCCAAGUUCCGCCUGGAUGUUCGUUACGGAGCGGUCACGGGAUGCAAACUCAAGAUCAAAGGAAUCACUACCCAACAAAGCGAUCGUCUUGCCCAACUGCUCGAGAAGAAGCAUCUUCAUGAGAUCACAGAUUGGGAAGCUAUGUUCAAAGAAGCUGCUUCAGAGUCAUCCGAGGCAAAGCAAAUGGCCAAGUGGGUGCAGAGUAUGCUUAGCAUACCUUCCCAA